CACUGAAAACACAAGCGGAUAUACACAUGAGCUUGAGGAUGCUUCCAAGGCAUGCGUAUACAUACCGCCGGGAAAGCCCCAAACAACGCGAAAUCAGAGCCUCGACGGUUUCCGCCUCCACGAAUAUGCGUUGCGGAUGCAGACGUACAGGGCCGCUUGGGACAAAUGUCUGAAUCGUCUUCAAGAUAUUCUCAGGGCCUUGCAGGUACCGGCUGUACAGGAAAUCGUGACACAGGUCACGAACGCCCACACCGAUGUGCUGCCUGGCUUACCUUACCCUGAACUUCCCGUAAUUGCGCUUCAUGGUAUAAACUCUUCUUUUGCAGAAGAAAUUGGAUAUCAUCUCGAGUGCGCUGGCGUUGAUGACGCGAGCAGCCCUCAUGCUGCGCAUGGUACCGGCUUUGCGCGUGUGUUCCAGGUUCACCUGCACCCUGCGGAAUGCUCUACCGUGAUGAACAUGAUGAAGGCAGUUGUUACUGGGUUCGUCGAUUCCGGCGCGAAACGGAAGCCAACCACAUCCUUGGCCAACUUUGACAUCAACCUCUUACGCACUUGGCACAUGUCCCAGGCGUCACGGUCCAAGCUUGUGGUGUUCUUGCACGAAUUCGAGAGGUUCGAUGCGCACGUGAUACAGGAUGUGCUCCCCCUGGUGUUUAUACUGUUGAUGGCGUCACCACCCGUUCCUUCACACCUCCACGCGGUCUAUCCACGGUCAACUCUAGCCCUACUACGGAUUCAUCCAAUCACUGUCUCUUCCGGUGUCGCCGCGAUAAAAGACGCGCUGCUAAAGACAUUCUUCGAUCCAGACUUUGAACCUGAUGUAAUGGUCGGUCCUGGUGCACUCGACUACAUCGUAGACUUUGCAACGCGGCAGACCACGGCCCCAGAUGCUGUGCUCCUUCACAUGAAGCAUUUCACGCAGCCCAUCAGCCUCUUUUCUCGCGAAGAACUUCUUGGAGAGCUUGACGUUGACCAUGCGGAGCACAAGCUCAAUUCUGAGCCAGAGCUACAGGCCCUUAUAGAGGGGCUCCAACUGCGGCUCUUUGCAACGACUCUAGCAGCAGCUCGAACGCGUGAAGGAUCCUCGGCCCCAGGCACGCCGCGCAAGACCAACGGAGCUAUACACGAAAACAGAUGGCAUGCGAACACCGCCGGCGAACUGCUCGAAUGCGUCUCGCGGGCGCGUGUCGCUUUCCAUAAGCACGCGCGUCGUAUGCGAGUCGCUUUCGCAGUUGCGUGCAUCGCUGAACGAGUUGCUUUGGGCCCUGCACCUGUCCAUGUGAACAAGGGUGGCGAGGGCGAUAACGCAAGGCUGGACAGCCUCGAGAUGCUCAGUGCGGUGUUGCGUGGGCGAGCAGGAAACCAAGUGCGAUACGUGUGUAUGGCAGUCAGGAAACUGCCACUGCCCAAAUUGCGAGAGCUAUUCCGCCAGCUUCACGCGUUUCUGUGGAACCUGAAAAGUGCCGACAUCAAACGAGACGAGGAAGCCGCCCGCGUCUGGAUCGUCACUACGCUGAAUCAGCUGCCGCCUGAAACCAGCGAACCUCAAACCUCGCCAGAUGAUUUGCAGGGCCCACAAGAUCCCGCAGUGAAGCAACUCGCUGCGACGGUCGGAGACUGGCUGCAGACAUACAUUGAGGAACGCCUUGUACGCCUUGACGAGCAAGUGCUCUGGGACAUCUGGUACACCGGAAACGCGCCUUUCCCCUCGGAACUUGUCAACCCCGCGCCGCGUCCAACGGUCGUCGCCGCACUCCUCCACCCGCACGACUUCGCCCGCGCUCACGCCGACCUUGUCCGUGCAUCGUCGAACGAAGAGCCACCCGCGGCGGUGGACGACAACCCCGCGCGCGAGCCGGAAUUGUGGGAGAUGCAGGACACGAGCAUCGCGUUCCGGCGGUACGUCGAGGCCGGGCGGAUGGUGAACGUGUACGACUGGUUCGAGUCGUUUGCAGUCGUACUCGAGACGCAGCGGCGGAAGCUCCGCAAGAGGGCGCAACUCGCGACACAAACCACCCCGCGCUCUCAGCGGAACGGGAGUCGGCGAUCGCGGAGCACACCCAAGAGGCGUGCCGGAAGGGCGGAUACGGAUAUGGACGUCGAUGGUGAUGAGACUCAAAACGGAGACGAGAGCGAUGAUGGCGAGGACGAGGAGAUGGACGAAGAGGAGGAAGAGAAGUGGAAGAUCGAGGUGCAGGCACGCUUCUUGCGCGCCCUGCACGAGCUGGACUACAUGGGCUUCGUGAAGCACACGGGGCGCAAGCCGGACCACGUCGUACGCACGAUCUACGACGUCCCUGAUUAG